AUGCCUAUCCGCCAAAGCCCCGGGCACUGGACUCCCGGAUCACCUCGACAUGUGCCCGCUGCGGUAGGAAGCAAGCACGAGCAGAAGAGGUCUCCCGAGCAAAGCCCUUCGAAGAACCGGAACAGUCCAUCGCUGCAAGAAGACCUGCCUUCCCAUGAGCUCUCGGGGCACCAAAGGCAUUCCGGAGAUGGAGCAAUGUGCUCGGACAGAGCAGAGCUCAUAGAACGCAUCAAACGAGGAGAGUCUCCAACAUGGGUUCCAAGCCAGACUUUGCAACAGGAAUACCUGAAAGACAACCGCGAACCAAUUCCCACCUCAUCUACCUGGAUUCAAGAAGUCCAUCCGCCAUUAAUACCCUCACUGGAAAGUGAAUCAACACGAGCCUACUCAGCCCUGACUUGCAACGGUCGCGACCGUACCGUGCGAGAAGACGAUCGAAAUAGUCUAGCACCCUCAAAAGUUCAUUCUCCGUUUGAGAUUGAAAGACCGCGCUCCGCUCUCCAUUCUGGUGAUUUCAACCACGACCUCAAUACAUAUGUCCCAAAACCUACCCCAAUACAUUCACCUGACAACACCGAAGCUCAUGUGUUCCCUACCGCGGAGGUCCCGUGGUAUCCCUCUUCCCCGCCGUCCAGGCCUCAUGAUAUUGAGCCUUUUUCCCAACUGGAGAGACACAAUCGUAGACCCUUAAGAGCUAGGGCACCGUCCUUGAAUUCUUUCUCCACAUCAAGUUAUGUCCUGAAGAAGCCGACAACUCCACUUGUUCAGCAAUCAAACAACACAGAUCUGGAUCUCUCGGACCGGGACCGCUCUUCGAGCCCUGAUAAGCGGAUGUUUCGGCAUUCCCUUUAUCCUGGUGCCUUCCGAAACCCACAGUCUGAGUCUUCUGAAAAGAAUUCUUCACCAGCAUCCAGCUUGUUGUCACGAACGCAUCGACGAGAGGCUAGCUUUCCUAGUGUUCAUCAGUCCCGGAGGCUCGUGACGUCAAGCUGGAUUCUUCAGCCAUCGUCUCCGCCAACUCCAGCCUUUCAGCGGUCACGUCGGACGUCUUUUUCGUCAGAGGCAUCCUCUCGGCGCCGAGCCUCCAUGAUUGGGUCUUAUGAGGAGUCUAUAUUAAGAGGCAGGAUGUCCACUGCUCCAUCAAAGCCUUUUGAUUUCCAUGCCCACAUUGGCGUCCUAGGCCGGGGCAAGAGGCCCAAAAUGCCACCCCAUGUCACUGUGCCCUUCCAGGCCGUAUUUUAUGAUUGGUCUGUCAAUAGUGAUAGGACAGCCAUUCAUGACGAGCCAAGCCCGUACGUAGGUAAUAUUGAACUUCAAAAUGCCAAACUAGCCCAGGUUCCUUCAGCAUCUGAUGGUUUCGAAUUCCCUGCAACUGGUACUCAAAGUAUGGGGAUUGGAAACACUGCGGCUAUGAAUGUUGAUAGACCUGUUGAACCAUACCUUCUGGCAGACAGGAAGAGGAAGCGGAUGGAUUCAUUCAAACCACACGUUGGCAGCUAUCGAAUCCCACAGCAAGGACAAAUUCAAGUGGUUGUGAAAAAUCCUUACAAAACUGCUUUGAAGCUGUUUCUUGUUCCAUAUGAUCUCACGGGAAUGCAACCGUCUCAAAAAACGUUCGUAAGACAACGUUAUUACUCUUCUGGACCCAUCAUUGAGCGUCCCAUACCAUCAAGUCCCCGGUGCUUUCCUGCGGACUCGGAAAAUCAUAGCAGACCCAUUCUGCGCUAUCUGAUCCACUUGAAUAUCUGCUGCUCAGCAAAGAACCAUUACUAUCUGUAUCAGCACAUCCGCGUGGUCUUUGCGAAUCGUGUUCCUGAUGAUCAGGAACGGUUGACGAAGGAUAUUCAAGAGCCUAAACCUAAAUAUAGCGUUUGGAAGCCUCUUGUGGAUCCUCUGCCCACGCAGAUGUCAAGUUUUCUGGUACCGGCGGACGCGACUCCCAGCCGAGCGGCCCCUGAAUAUAGUUCCGUCGACGUAGGCUCCAAUAUACAUGGGUUCAACGUUUUUUCGGCGCGCCCAAAUCUAGCUAUAGGUAGCAAUCCUGCACCAGUGCCACCUAUUCCAUUUCAAUGGACUCCUUUACCGGAUGCAGUACUAAGCAGAGGGACCAAUGAUUUGGACGAGGUUGCGGAUGCGGACACAUCACAGCCUACCAGUGCUUCUAAAGUGUCGUUGACAUCCAUCGACGGGAUGGGCCAACAGGGCAGAUGCCUGAGCUCGGACAGCGGGGAUAGUGACGGCUAUACCAAGCUCCAGAGAGGGGACCUUGGCUAUGGGGGUUUCUUUGGUCGUGCAAGUACACCAGAGCCCGGCGAAGGCUUGCUUACUAGACGGUUACGGGGCUUAGACGUGCACAGAAGCUCUGAAGUGUUGGACAGGGAGGAAUUGCCACAUUUGCAUUACUCUCUUCAACUGAUCUCAGUCCGCCAUCCACAGCCAUCAUGUCUCUCCCUCGACUCCUACCCCUGCCGCCGCACAUACCCACAAUUCAAGACCACUCCACCGCGACUCAAGACCUCCAUCCGCCUCUCCAGCACACUCAAUUCCCUGCCCUUCUCAGACCCUCGCACGUACACCGUCCAAGAAAUUCAGAGCCUCGCAGCCUCUCCCCUGCCAGCGCGCCUCAUAAUCGACGUCCGCGAGCCCUCGGAGCUUCGCGAGACGGGUCGUAUCCCUGGCGCGGUCAACAUGCCCAUCACUUCGAAUGCAGACGCGUUCUAUCUGGGCGAGGAGGAUUUCCUGGAACGGUUUGGAUUUGAGAAACCGAGAGCUCACGGGCAAGAGGCUGUGGAUAGGGCGAAGAGCCCUUUUUCACCGAAGAUGAAAGCAAAGGAGGCGAGUGCGGGAUUGAACCAAGGGGAAGGGGAUAGCGGCGUUGGGAGUGAGGGGAGAGAACAUGACAGCGAUGUUGGAGGCGCUGAGCGGGAAGAAAGGGCAGGGGUGGAGGAGGUGAUCUUUUAUUGCAAGGCUGGGGUUAGGUCGAGGACUGCAGCUAGAUUGGCGAGGGAGUGGCAGGGUGUGAAGGUGGGAGAUAUGACGGGCGGAUGGAACGAGUGGAGUGGGAAGGGUGGAGCCGUGGAAAGGGAGUAG